AUGGGCUUCUCAACUGGAGAGGUUAUCUGGUGGGAGCCGAUCUCGCAGCGAUAUACACGACUGAACAAAAAUGGCGCAAUUAAUGGAACACCAGUUGCGGCGAUCCGAUGGAUUCCCGGAUCAGAAAACCUGUUUCUAGCUGCUCACAUGGAUGGGUCGUUGGUUGUAUAUGACAAGGAAAAAGAGGAUGCUCAGUUCAACCCCGAAGAGGAAGCGAUUAAUGGAAAUGUGAAUGGGACGAGUGGUGAGUCGUUAGAUGCCAGCAAUGGCGGAGCUCAUCACAAUUCUAUUCGAAUCAACAAGUCAGUGCAUUCCAAAAAUCAAAAGGUCAAUCCAGUCGCCGCCUGGAAGUUAUCCAACCAUCGAAUCAACGCCUUCUCCUUCUCGCCUGAUAACCGGCACUUGGCUGUUGUGUCCGAGGACGGCACGCUAAGAAUUAUUGACUAUCUGAAGGAAGAGUGA